CUUCAGGGUAUGCCUUUUUUUUUUUAGUGAGAUUCAGUGAUCUGAGGGUACAGCGUUUUUUGUGUGAGGUGAAUGUGGACUGAUUUUUGAUUAUUUUGACAUUGGUGUUCGAUUUUGAUAUUUGGACGUAUUCGAUGAUACUUUAAGGCAGUUUUCUCAUUGAACGGAUAAUGACGUGAAAAUAUUUAAUUGCCUUUGGUAAUAUUGUCGCGACGGACGGCCAGCUUUGCUUUCACGUAAAAGUUUAAUUUCAUCGUGUUAAUUCCUAUCGGAUUUACUUAACCGCUGUUCAAUUGAGAGAUAAUUAAGGAGCGUAAACCGAGAAGUCUGCAUUGCUAUGGGCGACGAGUGACGGGACAGACGGGCUUAAUCACAUUUUCAAUCGGCACGCGGCCCUGAGUCGCGACGUUCUCAAUCAACUGUAUUAACGAAACGACUGUGAACAAAUGAGCGACGCUUUUUGUUUUACUUCGAGCAAGUGACAGCAAGCAUUUGACAAAAUUUUGAUACCAAAAUGUUUAUAAAAACUUAUUUAUCUACCUUAUUAAUCAGAAUUAACAAUUUUUAUUCUUAUAGCUCCAAAACGUCGUGGUUACAAAGUAUCCUUUUUUAAACUAAAAAAAAUUUUUAUAAUUUUGAAUUUGCGUAUGUCGAAUUUUGGAAAAAAAUCCAAAGUACCACUAAAAAUUUUAAAACCAUGCUGUACAGUGUAACGCGACGUUGAAAGAUCGAAUUUUUCAAAAUAAUUUUUUGAUUUAGUUUUCAUACAAAAAUAUUUGUGAAAAUGCCAAAUAAUUUAUGAGGUAACGCAUUGACGAGAAAAAAAUAUCCGAUAGAAGAAACAAAAGCGAAUUGUACGAUUGAUUUAAUCAAGCGAAACUACAAGCCUCUGUGUACGAUCGAUAAAAAAUAAUAAAUAUAAUUACUUAGUCCGGACUCGUAUUGGCUUUUGUAGGGAAACGAAUGAAAAGGGUCUUACGUAUAACAUGAACGAAGGUAAAGGGUUCGUAAAAGACUCGUCGCUUGAUCGUUUCGAUUCGGCCCUUUGUUACUUCCGUUCGAUUUCCUCGAUAAUUUCUGAGUACAGUAAAAAGCUUAAUUUUAAACAUUUGCAGAAUGGACGGACCAGCAGUAUUGUCGCUAGCACCGAUCGCCCCUCAAAAAUCUGCCCAGUCGCCCCAACCGCAAUCUCACUCGAAACCAAAUCAGGUAGGGACUGUAUCGUUAUAUGGAAUCCACAUCGUCUCCCUGGUUAUCGAGGGACAGGAGAGACUCUGCCUGGCACAGAUCAGCAACACACUACUCAAGCAAUUCAGCUACAACGAGAUUCACAAUCGACGCGUCGCUCUUGGUAUCACGUGCGUUCAAUGCACACCGGUGCAGCUGGAGAUUCUUCGUCGAGCUGGAGCCAUGCCCGUUUCUUCGCGUCGUUGUGGGAUGAUCACGCGAAGAGAGGCUGAGAGACUGUGCAAGUCAUUUCUAGGAGACAAUGCACCACCUAGACUUCCAGAGGACUUUGCCUUUACCGUGCAUCAUGAAUGCGCCUGGGGAUGUCGUGGGGCCUUCCUACCAGCCCGUUACAACAGUUCAAGGGCAAAGUGCAUAAAAUGUGCAUACUGUGGACUUUUUUUCUCACCGAACAAAUUCAUCUUCCACUCGCACAGGAUUGGACCGACGGAUAAAUACGUGCAGCCGGAUGCAGCUAAUUUCAACUCGUGGCGUAGACAUAUGAAAUUGUCAGGUAAUCCUCCUGACGAAGUGGUCCAUGCCUGGGAGGAUGUCAAGGCUAUGUUCAAUGGUGGCACCAGGAAGAGAUUACUGUCGAAUCCAAGCUCAAGAAGUUCGUCGAGUCCUGCCAAGCAAAGUAGAUCAUCGCCGACGGUGCAGCUACCUUCCCCUAUAGCUGCUCCUGCUCACCCUCGAGUGCCGCCGUUUCCGGAAUUGCCGUUGCCCCUCUCCAGGAGUCUCGUGAUGGAUUACGUGUGGCAUCAGCAUCAGCAGGCUGCCGCUGCUGCGGCUGUCAAGACACCUGGAUUCGCCUUCCCACCGUACGCCUUACCCUGGCUGGCAAAAAGAGGACCUGUCCUAUUUCCAGGACCUUUACCACCACCUAUAACCGGCAGCAGCACGGCAGAGCCAUUGAUACCAGCAGUUACCACGACUCUUCAUCAAUCCGCUUUCCGUCCAGUAAUCCGUGGACCACCGAUCGUCGAACCGGCCCUCCAAGAAGUGACGACGGACCGUCCAGUGGAAAAGGAAGGAGCGGAGGAGAAUUCAGACGACGAAGUUGACAUAGAGACUACCGAAGAGGACAUGGUUGCUCCAUUAAAUGUUAGUCUGCAAGGCCUUCAAUCCGCUUCAAAUUCCGCCAUGAGCAACCAUAGUGGACACAGUGGUCACAGUACAUCGCCCCAAUGCUGGAGUCCACCUCGAGAAACGGAACGAGAGGCUGAAAAAUUGGCGGAAGAGAAUGCAACUUUGAGAGACGUCAAAACCGAACUGACAGCCAGCAGGAAUUCGGAAAGCUGGCACGUCGGCUCUUUUUAUCGACAAUUGAAUAUACCAAGGGGUGCAGAGGCCACCGAGAGAUCAAGCUUGGAUUGUUCAGCAUGUCGUCCAAGAGGAAUGUUUUACGGCCAGGUCCACAGUCCAAAGGCAUCAACUAAUUAAUCAAACGUCCAGUUAGUUACAUGAAAACCGGACUCACUGGAAGCCAAAUCAUCAUGCUUACCCUUGUCUCAAUUUAAGACAAGAGUCACUAUGAAUCCUUGGGCAUGCUAUUGUUUCUAUGCAGUUAUACAUAUUCAAUGGACAUUUAUAUAUCAGAGAGAGUCAGUUAGUUCAUAAAUAUUCGGUUGAUUAAAAAAAAACUCUCGUACCGUAUCCAAGGCUUUAGAGAAGCGGUAUAUAAUAUUGCGAUUAUACAUAGAAAACGGAGCUCUGACUUGUGCAAGAGAUUAUGAUAAAUAAUUAUAGAUGAAAUAUGUAGUUGUAAAUGGAGCAUUCAUAUUAGUUCAUACGAGGACCGUUUCCUUUUAUCGAUACUGUAUCAAUAUUUCUGCUUUGGAUUAUUACCUGCGCUUUGCAAUUGAGGAAAAAAAUGGAUGUGCUAAUUAGCAUGAUCCAUCUUGUUAAUGAACUGUACUCCUUCUAAGAAGUUGACGGUAUCUCACAGCCAUCAAUCAGUUACGUACCUUGGCGCCCUUUGAUCAGACCGAAUCAAAGAUCUUAGGGAUUUACCCUAUUAUCACAUUGUAUAGUGGCAUAAUUCUAUAGUGAGGUUAUUAUCAGAAAAUAGCCCACAUAUUUGGUGAUAGUUGAACACGGUGUAAUCUAAAUUAUAAAUAAAAAUGUUAUUGUAUGAUGAAAA